GAAGAGACGGUGCUUCGUUCACCUUCACUAGCAACAMCUACCAGCGGAAGUAUCUGUAAAGUUCGUUUUCUGUUCUGAAACAUGCAGACUCUGAGGCGGGUUUAUUCACGGCUGCCUCUCCUGCAGAGACCCAGCUGUCACAGAGCAGCAGCCCGCUGCGGACUCACGAGUCAACAAGCCCCCCGGAGACAUCCAGGAGGGACYCAUCCAGGCUCCCUGCUGCUGUGCAGACCGUUCACCGUGUCUGCGUUCCGGCUGGACYGCCAGGAUGACUCCAGCAGCACACACACCGAGGAGGAGGAGGAUGAAGGUGUCUUGCAGGACAGUGAUGUGGAGGAGCUGUUCCAGCCGCCGCAGGGUUUUACAGGAAUCGGAGACAGACAGCACCGGGUCUUCAUCGUCCAUCCGAACGUGAAGUGGGGCAACAGGAAGCAGCAUCUGACCACCGCUGAGCUGAUGAUGGCUGAGGCCGAGGGACUCGUGAACACGUUGGACGACUGGACAGUGGUGGACAAGCUCAUCCUCUCCACCAAGACGCCAGAGAAGAGGAUGAUAUUCGGCAAAGGCAACUUCCAGCUUCUCACAGAGAGAAUUAGACAAACAGCAGGAGUCACUGCUGUGUUUGUGAACGUGGACCGUCUGUCCCCGUUGUCUGAGAGGGAGUUUGAGGAAGCCUGGGGAGUGAAGGUGUUUGACAGAUACUCAGUGGUCCUCCACAUUUUCCGCUGCAACGCCAGAACCAAAGAGGCCAAGCUACAGAUCUCCCUGGCAGAGAUCCCCUUGUUGAGGUCUCGUCUAAAAAAUGAAAAGGCAAACCUGGACCAGCAGGGCGGAGGAUCGAGGCAUAUCGGUGGUUCAGGUGAGACGCAGUACGAGGUCCAGCAGAGGCUGCUGAAGGAGCGGGAGCAGAAGAUCCGCUUGGCGCUGGACAAGCUGCGCAGGCAGAGGCACCUGCUGCGCACCCAGCGGAAACACAAGGAGUUCCCGAUUGUGUCGGUGUUGGGUUACACUAACUGUGUUAUCAGUCUGCAGAGCCCGACGCGUUGCUCGUAUCAGCUCUGGAGCAGCGCGGCCUGGACCAGCUGAAGAGAACUGUGGAAGAGGAGAUCAUGAAGUCUACAGGAAAACAGAUUUUACACCUGAACAUUGACCUCAGCUCUCCUCAGUUAAGCUGGCUGCACAAAGAGGCCACCGUCCAGGAUGUGCAGGUGAACGCUGAUGAAGGCACAGCUGUCGUCAAGGURAUCAUCAGUGCUGCGGCUCACGGUCGCUACAGGAAAGUGUUCAAAGGCAGAUGAGGCUUUGUGCGGGGACAAAUAAAUCUGCAUCACAAAGACCUUAAAAUACUGUUUACUGAGCAGAACAUGAAGACUUAAAUGUACAAAAUGUGUAAAAGAGUAAAGCGGUUUUUAGUAAAAUACAAGGAGUGCAGCUAAAUGUUGGUACAAAACCUAAAAUCCGUCAGGAAGUGAAUGUAGAAUCACUUUCCACUGAAAAUAAUUAUAAAUAAAACUGAUUUUUCUUGUGGCUGGAGCUCCUGAGCUUUAGUUUGUGGUUCAGUUGGAUCACUAAAGAACUCAGAGGAAGUGGACCCACGAAGUCUCCCGCUAUGAUGUUGAGGCUCUUCUGGUCUGAUCCGGGUGUCUGCUGCUCCACCCACCUCCUCAGACACUCCCAGUUCCUGUAGGUCAGCGUCCGCAGGGACUCCUUGGGAUUCUUGGRGAUGUAGGUCCUGUCGGUGGUGAGAUUCAGACCGGUGAUGAAGAACCCCUCUGUGGACACAACAACACUCAAUGUUUCACAGUUACAGGAUACAACRCACUACCUCCUAACAAAGUAAACUUAUUAAAUGCUGGAAGAAAAGUACCAUUUUAAUAAAAAUAUGGUUAUGUUAAA